UUACCGCGGCCCACGAGGCCACAGGCAUAGACGACAGAUUACUCACACUGUCACUAUUUUGCUUGCGAACCGACUUGCUGCAGCAGCAGCAGCAGCAGCCAGCAUCUCAUCGACGUACGAGAAGCGCGUCGACAUCGCCCAUCGAUGCAGGCCCUAGGAGCCAGACGCGCCUUUCUCCGCUCUUCGUUUCCGUGCUCGAGAUCCUCGUCUUCUUGGAAAGCUCUCGGCAAUUGUCGGGCUCCUUCAAUCGUUCGCCUUGGUCGUCGUGGUGUUGGUGCUAUACGAAGCAUGGCGUAUGAGGAUGAUGUUCGUCUGGCGAUCAAAGCCGUCUCGCUCGCCUCUCGACUCUGUCAGGCUGUUCAAAGAAAACUGGUUGCAAAUGAGACACAAGCCAAAGCAGAUCAAUCACCUGUGACUGUGGCUGAUUAUGGAUCACAGGCAUUAGUCAGCUGGGUGCUGGAACGUGAAUUGCCACCAGGAACUUUUCAUCUAAUAGCAGAGGAGGAUUCGGAAGAUUUGCGUGCAGAAGACGGAUCAGAGAUGCUAAAGCGAAUCACGCAGUUGGUGAAUGAGACUAUCGCAGCUGAUGGCAGCUUUGGAUCUACCGUUUUGUCGGAAGACGAUGUUCUAACAGCCAUCUCUAGGGGGGAUUCUCCCGGUGGCCCAUCGGGACGAUAUUGGGUCCUUGAUCCCAUAGAUGGAACACGGGGUUUCGUCAGGGGAGACCAGUAUGCAGUGGCUCUCGGGCUUCUUGACAAUGGUGAAGUUGUAGCUGGUGUUCUCGGUUGUCCAAAUCUGCCCUUGGCGUCCAUCGCUGCCAAUGGAGCAGCAUCUGAUGACAAGGCCGUGGGCUGCGUUUUUGCCGCUUCAAGAGGGGCUGGAACAGUCAUGCAGUCAAUGGAUGGGUCUCGCGAAGCACAGAGGGUUUAUGUAAGCAGUGUGGAUGAUUCCAAGUUGGCCGCAUUUUGUGAGUCAUUUGAAGCUGCGCACUCGAAGCAAGGUCUUACAGCCAACAUUGCUCGUAUUUUAGGAGUAUCUGCCCCUCCCAUCAGGAUCGACAGUCAGGCCAAGUACGGGGCCAUGGCUAGAGGAGAUGCUGUUAUCUACCUUCGAUUCCCACAUGCUGGGUAUCGAGAGAAAAUAUGGGACCACGCAGCUGGUUUGAUCGUCAUUACUGAGGCCGGAGGAGAAGUUUUUGAUGCUGCGGGAAAACCUCUGGACUUCUCCAAGGGCAGGUUUCUUGAUCUGGAGAAAGGCAUCAUAGCAACGAAUCCGAGCUUGAGGUCUGCUGUCUUGGCAGCAGUGCAGACUGCAAUUAAAGAAGAGGAAAGUGCUCUUAAGGGAGUAUCACCUUUGUAGAGUUACUGCUUAUCAGUGAGCUUGAAUGCGCACGGUACCCAGAUCAAUAUACUCACUAGCUUGAACAGAACUCGAAGUUAAUUCUCGUCGCCUAAUUGCAUCAGAUGUAGUUUGUCGUUCGACGGUGGAAUGCUUGACAGCAUUGAGGCAAUUAGGAGCAAAUCACAUGUUUGUAAUAAUUUUAUCAUCAGGCUCUUGUGGUGGCCCGGGCUUGCAGUGUACUCUACAGUUUAGGGCUUAGGGUAUAGAAAAAAAUAAGAUUCUCCGGAAACGAACUGGAGUGAUCUACCUGCGUAAUGUAGAAAGCCACCGUGUAGUUAUCUGGCUGUAGCGAGGAUGUGAUUCUAGGUAUGUUGGGUACCCAUUAGCUGAGGUUGAAUCUGGAUAUUUGCAAUUCGAAAUAUAGUGGUAGUUCUUAUAUACUCUGUUCUUCCUUGUAUCGCCCAUGUUGCUCUUACUAUUGGUCGCAUGUGCGAAAAGACUUGAAAAACACACAUUAAGAGACCG